CUGUAGGUGAAUUCAGUCUCCGUCCGUUUCACUAACUUACGUUCUAUUCUUUUUCAAGACCUGACGUCUUUUUACGUAAGACCGUUUGAGAAUACGAAAUCACCGUGACGUUAGGAGACACUCCAAGCGAUCGGUGAAGGGUUUUGUGGGUCAUGGAGGAGGAAGGUAAAUAGAAGAGGAGCGCUAAUAACACACAGCGGCUGGUUUCAGACGGUUACCGGGAGGUUUGACACUGCGGCAGCGUUUGUUCUGAUACGGAGAGGACAGAGCGGAGAGGAGGGACUGUCGCUUCGGCUUCAGCAGCAGCUCUCGGCGUUCUCAGGUGGUCUGAUUGGGUUUGCCUCGUUCUUGUGUUGCCAUGGCGAUGCGGGAGUUGGUAGAGACAGAAUGUGGGGGAGCCAAUCCCCUCAUGAAGUUGACCAGUCACAUGACCAAGGAAGGGGGGGCAUGGCGGCACCGCUCAACACCUACUAUUCCCCCCACUGCCAUUGAAAUUGCAACUGAAGAAGAGCUGGUGAAUGAGUUUCUUCAGGCACCCCCACGACCCCCACACACAUUUGACAUGGGUCAGCUGUUGGAGGAAAUGCAGCAGAUUGACCAGCAGAGCUACAGACAAGCUCCACAAAGAGCUCCAGAUGUGGCAGCAUUGGCUCUCUCUGGUGACUGGGCGGCCGAGUUCCUCUCAGGUCCCGACUCUGCCUCUGCACCGGGACUCACUGCUCUUGGUGAUGCUGCAGAUGCUGAUUGGACGAGAGAAUUUAUUGCUGAGGCUGCAGAUCCUGGACGCUGGGCAGAGGAGUAUCUGGAGCAGUCGGAGGAGAAGUUGUGGCUGGGAGACCUGGGAGACAAGGAGAACGAAUGGACAAAGGAGUAUCAACCAGGAGAGGAGCUGAGGCAGACAGCCAUUGAGCUCGUCUCAAAGGUUGAUGACCCCAAGUUACAAAACACAGAGUUCCUGCAAUUCAUUAGGCAGAUUGGCGAGGGCAGUGUGACAGUGGAGAGCAGAACAGACAAACAGCUCACAGAUAAAGCUCAGGCCGAGGAGGCUCAGAACUGGGCCUCCAACCUCAACCAGUUCCUGACAGAGACGCGGGGAGGGAGUCUUCCCUUGGAACCCCCAGAGAGGAAUGAGAAGAUUCAGAAAGUUAAAGCUAAACAAGCAGAGCAGUGGGCCAAGGUCAUCAGGCAGGUGUCAGAGGAGUCGGCUGAAGCCUGGGUAGAUCAGUUCACCGCAUCAGGACCAGAUUUCCAAGAAGCUAAAGCUGCCGUGGAGAGUGAUGUGGAUUUCUGGGAGAAGCUGCAGCAGGAGUGGGAGGAGAUGGCUAAGAGGGAUGCAGAGAGCCAUCCCUGGCUGUCUGACUUCGAUCAGCUACUCAGCAGUUCUUAUGACAAGGGGUAUCAGUUUGAAGAGGACAACCCCUACUUAUCGCACCCAGACCCUUUGUCUGAGGGAGUGAAGAGGAUGGAGGCAGGGGACAUCCCGGGUGCCGUACGGUUCUUUGAAAGUGCUGUACAGAGAGAACCAGACAACCAGCUGGCUUGGCAAUAUCUGGGAACCUGUCAGGCAGAGAAUGAGCAAGAAUUUGCUGCCAUCAGCGCCCUCCACAGAUGUAUAGAGCUGAAGAAUGACAACCUGACUGCUCUGAUGGCGUUGGCUGUCAGUUUCACUAAUGAAUCGCUGCACAGGCAGGCCUGUGAGACUCUUCGUGAUUGGCUAAAGCACAAUCCAAAAUACCGUUCUGUGUGGGAGCAGAAUGAGCGUGAACGGCAAAAGGAUGGUGCCAGAGAAAGGGAGAAGGAGAGGGAGAGGUUUGGGUCACUGCUGCCAGAAUCCCUGUUUACUGAUGUCCAGUCCCUGUUCCUGCAUGCAGCUAACUCUGACCCCGCCCAGGUGGACCCCCAGCUGCAAUGUGGUCUGGGAGUUCUCUUCAACCUUAGCGGGGAGUACGACAAGGCGGUGGACUGUUUCAGCGCUGCUCUCUCUGUCACACCACAGGACUACCUGUUGUGGAAUAAGUUGGGUGCCACACUCGCCAAUGGAAGCCGCUCAGAGGAGGCAGUGGCCGCCUACAGGAGAGCUCUGGAACUGCAGCCCGGGUUUGUCCGCAGUCGCUACAACUUGGGAAUCAGCUGUGUCAACCUAGGAGCACACAGAGAGGCAGUGGAGCACUUCCUCGAAGCUCUAUCUCUACAGCGCCAGGCCGCCGGGGACGGAGCGAGAGCUGCGAGGGGGCCUGGAGGUGCCGCAGCCACCAUGAUGUCUGACAACAUCUGGUCCACCCUGCGCAUGGCUCUCAGCAUGAUGGGAGAGAGCUCUCUGUAUGCUGCUGCUGACCGUCGGGACUUGGACACGUUGCUGACUCAUUUCUGCCAGAGAGAGGUGGACGGUGGGACUGAAUGAAGACCAGCCAGGGGGGGGCUUAUUGAGUGUGAGUGUGUUUUGCUGGGAGGUAAAUGUUUGGGUGACUGAAUGAAGCGGAGAAGAAUCAGAACGGUUUCAGAGAAAUGGAGGAGGAAGACACUGUGAAUUAUCCAUCAUCCUAGAGACAUCAUCUUGUGGUCAUGUGCGCUUAAAUGACUUCUAUCAAAUGUUACAGUAUUAGUCUCCACUUGAGAGAUGCAUCCAGAAGUAAUACAGUCACAUCGCUUUAUUUUACAUGCUUGACAGUUCUCACAUUUCCUCCUACUCUGUUGAUCUGGAUAACUGGGUUUAAUUAAAUGUCACUUUUGUUUAUUUUAAAUUUGUUCUCAACGAGGAAAGUAAAUGAUGAAGAAUGAGUGAAUCCAUUCUGUAUUCAGUAAGCAGCAAUGUGGACGGUUGUAUUUAUCAUGACACUCAAUGCUCACGCAGUCUUUCUUAACAGCAGGUUGUAGAUUGAACUGUAUACUCACUAUGGUUAUGUUGAUUAAAGGUACAGUAUUGCUGUGACAUUGAAAAGAGUACUGCUUUUUUAUCAAAAAGAGAAGGAUUAGGCCGGUCCAGAGUACAAACACUAAUCAGAAGAGCUACAGUGGCUUGUUUUUCUUUUUUUUUUUUUUUUACUAAUUGAUUACUAAAAAAAUAAAUUAUCAGCCAGGAUAAUGAACUGACAACCAGCAGGACUGUUACUGUUACGAUAAGGUGUGUGUGUGUGUGUGUGUGUGUGUGUGUGUGUGUUUUGGGUUGGGUGGGGGACAUUAAUCGUGCAUCAGAUAAUUGUAAUAUCAUUGAGAAUGAUUUCUCUGGGCUCCUCCCUCUCUUGCUCUUUUUCAUAUCGCUUUUGUAAACUAUUUGCUUUGUUGUAAAAUAAUGCUAUAUGCCAUAUUGUGUAUUGUUACAUAAUUGUUGCACUAUAAUUGUUUUCAGGCUAAUUAAAUCCUGACUGCAAUGUUUAAUAUAAUAUUCAGCAAUAAAGCUUUGAUUCCAAACA